AAUUCUAUUGAACACGGUCUCUAUUUCAACAGGUGAAGCGGUCAGCUAUAGCUAUACACAUAUAUCAACAAUGCGGAAACAAGAAAUUUCACUUGGGAUGAGAGAGGAAAAAGUUAAACAUUAUAACAUUAGUAAGCACUGGACUACGUAAUCAGUAAUUAAAAAAUGCAGCCACUAUAUAACUUUCACAUAAUUUCACUACAGUUAAUGGUUACGUUGUACUGCUGUACGAAUUAAACACUUCCUUCCAAAAAGCUAAUCGGCGACCGCUGUUCGAUUGCUUUGGCCUUGUGUAAUUUUGCGUCUUCCGGGUUAUCGUUUGGGUGGUCAGAACGCGAGAGUUCUUGCUGUAAUAUUCAAAUAAAAGCCGCGCAUUGAAAUCCGCUCCGCCGCCCUUAAAUUACAACUGCUGCUUUGGUGAAAUGGAAAAUACUGCGGCGUCGGGCGGACCGAGGCAUCGCGGGAGCAGAGAGACACGGACACUCGUUUGCCGGGGACACACGCGCUUUGUUAGUAGCUCUUAGAAAGACUACAUCAGGUGGUGGACAAAGCAUGAAGGAUUGUCUUCUAGAUUGAUCUCAAGAGCAUCAAAAAUGGAUGACAGCAUACAGCCCCUCUUUACAUUUGGUGUAAUAGCUGAUAUCCAGUAUGCUGACAUUGACGAUGGUUACAACUUUACGUGUACAAGAAAACGAUAUUACAGGAAUAGUCUUCAAUUGCUGCGUAGAGCAAACGAAAAGUGGAAAUCGGAGACUGUACAACCUAGCUUUAUUCUUCAACUUGGGGACAUCAUUGAUGGUUUCAACAAAAAACAUGAAGCAUCACAGAAGGCCCUUGAUACAGUUUUAAAAGAAUUUGACAACACUGGCAUCAAUGUACACCACGUGUGGGGGAACCACGAGUUUUAUAAUUUCAGUAGACAAGAUCUUAUUACAUCACUUAAUAGCCAAAAUACAGAUUUUGAAACAAGACAGGAUGAAAUCAAACACAAGCAUCCAGACAAUGAGCAGAGUUAUGCCUACCAUUUCAGUCCAUCUCCAAACUUUCGGUUUGUUGUGCUUGAUGCCUAUGAUGUCAGCCUUAUUGGACGCCAAGAAAACAGUGAGCAGUACAACCAGGCACUUAAAAUUUUACAGAAGUACAAUCACAAUGAUGAAUUAAAUCAGCCCCCAGCAUAUUUAGGACUGGAACAGAGAUUUGUGAAGUUCAAUGGAGGAUUCGGCCAAGACCAGCUGGACUGGCUGGACAGGUUACUUACUCUGUCAGAUCAGAAACUAGAGAAAGUCACCGUUGUGAGUCACCUUCCAAUACAUCCCAGUUCUACAUGUCCUGUAUGUCUUGCCUGGAACUAUGAUGAAGUUCUCUCUAUUUUACACUCACAUAAGAGUGUAGUGUGUUUCAUGGCUGGACAUGACCAUGACGGUGGUUAUCACCAAGAUAUCUCUGGUAUCCACCACCUCACUUUUGAAGGGGUCAUUGAAACUCAACCAAAUAAUGAUGCUUUUGGCACAGUGUACGUAUAUGAGGACAGGAUGAAGCUUAAGGGGAAUGGUAGAGUUCCACACAGAAGUCUUUACUAUCAGUGAGAAACAAUGGACAUUGGUAAACCUUACAGCAAUUUUAAUGCUAGAUAUUUAUUAUUUACCAAAUCAAAAUGGAGGUUUGGGCUUAGAAAGUUUGAAUGAAGUAUUUGAAAUCGACCUGCAUUCACUUUACAUUGAUGAAAAUGCACUAUUCCGCUUGGCAAAUGUUCCCUUAUGGAAUUGUAGUAAGUUAAAUUUGUCCAUGCCAAGACGUUUUUGAUUCAACAUGCCAGAAAUUAAAUUAUCAUGUAUAUCAUUAAUUAAAAUAAUAUAGCGUAUAGAUCAGGGGUAGGCAAUCUUAUCCAGAAAGGGAUACACUCUCAAACACAUUGUUGAUUUGCUGAAAUUUUACUCUUUUUUUAUUUUCUUGCAGUCUGGUGUAGGUACAACAAAAUCAGUAAAUAUACAGUCCUAUUUUGUUGGACAAAGUGCAAUAUAUUUGGGGUGUUUGUAUUUAAUAAAUGGUUGACAUCUGGCUGUUUUGUGUAAAAAUGUUUUUAUUUGUUAAGUACAACUGUUUUUUUGACUUGCAUUUAAGAAAAAUUAUGCUUCUGUGCACAUUAAUGACUCUUGAACCUUGACUGUUGUUGUUUACUUUGACAAUGGGAAAUUAUUAAUUAAAGAAAUAUUAAAGAUA